UGUUUCAGCAAAAGUUCAUUCAAGUUCGUUGGAAGUUGAGAGAGAGAGAGAGAGAGACAGAAAACAGCCAACAAGCAAGCCAGCGUUAGUGGUUGAUCUGCUCACCUACAUUGAUUGAAUAAUAAUUUCCCACCGAUUUCUUGUAAUCCUCCUCUCAAAUACCCUCUCUCUCUCUCUCUCUCUCUCUAAACUUCACUCUCUUGCUAAAUCUCCUCUCCAUUCAUUCAGAUCUCUAAAAUGGCAGGCUUUUCCUCUGUUCUAAGACGCACGUACCUCACCCUCUACAAUUGGACCGUAUUCGCCGGCUGGUUUCAAGUGCUGUAUCUAGCUGUGAAAACCCUACGGGAGUCGGGCCACGAACAUGUCUACGACGCCGUCGAAAAGCCUCUUCUACUAGCUCAAUCCGCCGCUGUUCUGGAGAUAUUUCAUGGUCUAGUAGGUUUGGUAAGAUCUCCAAUCACAGCAACACUGCCACAGAUAAGUUCAAGGUUGUUUGUCGCUUGGGGCAUCUUAUGGAGCUUUCCUGAGGUUCGGACUCACGUGCUUGUUAGCUCUUUAGUUAUAAGCUGGUCUAUCACAGAGAUUAUUCGGUAUUCUUUCUUCGGCACAAAGGAAGCUCUUGGAUCUGCACCUUCCUGGCUCUUGUGGCUCAGGUACAGCACCUUUAUGUUGCUGUAUCCUACCGGCAUCACGAGUGAAGUAGGUCUAAUAUAUGUUGCCCUUCCUUACAUUAAGGAAUCUGAGAAAUAUUGUAUUCGGAUGCCUAACACAUGGAAUUUCUCUUUUGAUUACUUCUAUUCUGCUAUUCUUGCCCUUGGAAUCUACGUCCCGGGCAGCCCUCACAUGUACACAUACAUGCUUGGACAGAGGAAGAAAGCUCUCUCAAAAUCAAAGAAGGAGUAGAACGUCAAUUUUAAGAUUUUCACCGUGUCUUUUAGGUUUUUGUGUGUGAAGCAGACUGCGGGUUUGGUCCUCAAUAUUUACGCUGUGAGUUGUACUAAAAAAGUGUCUGUUCUAAGCUUUCCGGGUGUGCUGGUUCUCUUAUUGCCAUAUUGAUUUAGUUCAGCGGUGUCUGUUCUGUAAUUUAUCUGGUCCUUGAACAUUGGUACGGAGUACUAGUUUAUAAAAACACUCCAUACAUUUGUCUA